ACCUCACCUGGGUUUGUGUGUUCAUUUACUCUUUUGGUGAUUAAGAGAUUACGAGAGAGGGAAGGCAAAGAGCUGUGAUUCAUUGCACUGAAUUUCUUACUGAGAAAGGAAACGAAAAUUUCAAGUUGGAUUCGAUGCUUGAGUUUGUCCCUGGAAAAGGUAGAUUUUGCUCCACAAAGUUUGCCGGGAAAUCACAUCUUUCAUUGUAUUGGAGAUCUAUUUGGAGAAAGGCCAAUUGGGUCUCCUCAUUUCGUCUUCUUUUGGUCGUGAUUUUCAUGGUUUUGAUCUCUGGAGCAGUUCGAUGUGGGAGAGUUUCUCUGGGCUGUUCUUUGAUGAGUUUUGGGCUCAAUAGGUAUGUAAACUGGCUCUGUUGCGUCCUUUGAAAGAUUGAACUUUUCUUUUCUGUCUCUUAAGUGAUUUGAUUUCAUUCGGCCUUGAAGAACUCUUUUCAGUUAAAAAAAAAAACAAGAGCAGAACUUUAACACUUCUUUUGAAAAAUAACUUCAAUUGAAGCAGAAGGAGAUCAAUCAAUGAUGGGUGUUGUCUCCAUCAACUAGGCUUGUUGCAGCUCAUUGUUUUCGGUUAUUGUUUUACUUUGAAACCGACGAUUAUAAUGCUGUGGGUCUAUGACUUAGAGAGAGUCUUGGUUGUGGGGUUUACUGGUUUUGUUGUACUGUUAGCUCUUCUCCUGCCUUCUGGUUCCGAAGGGUUAAACACGGAGGGACAACUCCUCCUGUCACUGAAGAGUAGCCUUCAUGAUGACUUCAAUUAUCUGGCUAAUUGGAAUUCUGGUGAUCAGACGCCAUGUGGAUGGAGGGGUGUGAAUUGCACACUUGAUUACGAUCCAGUUGUAUGGUCCCUCGAUCUAAAUUCCAUGAAUCUCUCAGGUAGCCUAUCAUCGAGUAUUGGUGGUUUGGUCCACUUGAUUCACCUAGAUGUGUCGUUUAAUCAGUUCUCUGGGAGCAUGCCCAAGGAGAUUGGUAACUGUUCAAUGUUGCAGGUUCUUUAUCUGAACAACAAUCAGUUUGAAGGCCCUAUUCCAGUUGAAUUCGGUAGUCUAUCUAAUUUAGUAACUUUAAAUAUAUGUAAUAACAAACUCUCCGGACCUUCUCCAGAAGCGCUUGGGAACCUUUCUUCCUUGGAAGAAUUUGUAGCAUUCACUAACAAUCUGACAGGCUCAUUGCCUCAUUCACUUGGGAAUCUGAAGAGAUUGAGAAUUUUUCGAGCAGGUCAGAAUGCAAUUUCUGGAAGCCUACCAGCAGAGAUUAGCGGAUGUGAGAGCUUGGAAGUACUGGGUCUUGCCCAAAAUUCUUUAGGAGGUGAAAUACCCAAAGGGAUUGGAAUGCUUGGGAACUUGACUGAUCUGAUCCUUUGGGACAAUCAGCUGUCUGGGGUUAUUCCAAAGGAGCUUGGAAACUGUACAAACCUCAGGACUCUUGCUCUGUAUGCAAAUGAGCUUGUGGGUGAAAUCCCUGUUGAAAUUGGAAACCUGAAAUUUCUGGAGAGAUUAUACAUCUACAGGAAUGGGUUGAAUGGGACAAUCCCGAAGGAGGUUGGCAAUCUUUCUUUGGCAACAGAAAUCGACUUCUCAGAGAAUUAUUUGGCAGGGGAGAUACCAAUUGAGUUCAGCAAGAUAAAGGGUUUAUGCUUACUUUACCUCUUCCAGAACCAGCUUACAGGUGUUAUCCCUGACAAGCUUAGCAGCUUGGUGAAUUUGACUAAGCUUGAUCUCUCUAUUAAUAACCUCUCAGGUCCUGUUCCUGUUGGAUUUCAAUAUUUGACUGAACUACUCCAGUUGCAGCUCUUUGACAACUUGUUGAGUGGUGGCAUUCCUCAAGGGCUUGGAGUUUAUAGCCGACUUUGGGUGGUUGAUUUUUCAGAUAACCAGCUAACUGGACGAAUACCUCGUCAUCUUUGUAGACAUUCUAACCUGAUUUUGUUGAAUCUAGGUACAAAUAUGCUGACUGGAAAUAUCCCUACCGGAGUUACAAACUGCAAAUCAUUGGUGCAACUUCGCCUUACUGGAAACAAGUUUAGAGGGAGUUUUCCUUCUGAUUUAUGUAAAUUGGUCAAUCUCUCUGCUGUUGAAUUGGACUCUAAUAGGUUUAGUGGGCCUAUUCCUCCUGAAAUUGGGGACUGCAAAACAUUGCAAAGACUUCACUUAUCUGAUAAUUACUUCACAUCUGAGUUGCCAAGGGAGAUAGGUAAUCUUUCUCAGUUGGUUAUCUUUAAUAUCUCAUCAAAUAUGUUCACUGGACGAAUUCCGCCGGAAAUAGUCAAUUGUAAAAUGCUUCAAAGACUUGAUCUAAGCCAGAACAGCUUUGUAGGUUCUCUACCAUAUGAACUUGGAACCCUUUCACAGUUGGAAAUUCUCAAGCUGUCAGACAAUAAACUUUCAGGGAAUAUUCCUGCAGCAUUGGGGAAUCUAUCCCACCUGACUGAGUUGCAAAUGGGUGGUAACACAUUUUCCGGUGGGAUACCACCAGAAUUUGGUGCACUUUCAAGCUUGCAGAUUGCUCUGAAUCUUAGUUACAAUAAUCUUUCUGGGACAAUACCACCAGAGCUUGGGAAUCUGAUUUUACUGGAAUUCCUCCUCCUGAACGACAAUCAGUUGACUGGUGAACUUCCUGACACAUUUGAAAACCUUUCUAGUUUACUAGGGUGCAAUAUUUCUUACAAUGACCUAACUGGGACUAUACCUUCUAUUCCACUGUUCAAGAACAUGGAUGUCAGCAACUUCAUUGGCAACAAAGGGCUAUGUGGGGGGCCUCUUGGUGACUUCUGUUUUCCGUCUUCUCCCUCUUUCCAAUCAACAUCAAAAGGGGUAGAUGCCCAUGUGGCCAAAAUUAUUGCAAUAAUUGCAGCGGUUGUGGGUGGGGUUUCUCUCAUCCUAAUUGUUAUUAUUGUAUACUUCAUGAGGGGUCCAGUUGAGAGCAUUGCUCCUUGUCAAGAUAAACAACCAUCUUCUCCUGAUUCAGACAUAUACUUUUCCCCAAAGGAAGGGUUCACUUUCCAAGAUCUGCUUGAAGCUACAAAUAACUUUGAUGACAGUUUUAUUAUUGGAAGGGGGGCUUGUGGAACAGUGUAUAGGACUGUUAUGCCAUCUGGACAGAUAAUUGCUGUGAAGAAGCUUGCAUCUAAUAGAGAGGGAAGCAAUGUCGACAACAGCUUCCGUGCUGAGAUUUUAACACUGGGAAAGGUUAGGCAUCGAAAUAUUGUGAAGUUGUAUGGUUUCUGCUAUCUCCAGGGUUCUAAUCUUCUUCUCUAUGAGUACAUGGCUAAGGGCAGCUUGGGUGAAUUGCUUCAUGGGGAAUCUUGUGGCCUGGACUGGCAGACACGGUUCAUGAUUGCUCUUGGAGCUGCUCAGGGUCUUGCUUACUUACAUCAUGAUUGUAAACCUAAGAUUGUUCACCGAGACAUAAAGUCCAACAACAUUUUACUUGAUGAUUGCUUCGAAGCUCAUGUUGGGGAUUUUGGAUUGGCUAAGGUGAUCGACCUGCCACAAUCCAAAACAAUGUCUGCAGUUGCAGGAUCGUAUGGUUAUAUUGCCCCUGAAUAUGCAUACACCAUGAAAGUUACAGAAAAAUGUGACAUUUAUAGUUACGGGGUUGUUCUAUUGGAGUUGCUCACUGGCAGAACACCGGUACAACCGCUAGACCAAGGAGGUGACCUUGUUACAUGGGUAAGAAAUUAUAUUCAGAACCAUUCUUUGACAUCUGGCAUACUUGAUGCUCGUGUAAAUUUGGAAGACAAGACUACUGUUGAUCACAUGAUUACUGUCUUAAAAAUUGCUUUACUCUGCACGAGUACCUCGCCUUUCGACCGCCCAACAAUGCGAGAUGUUGUGUUAAUGCUCAUUGAGUCCAGUGAGCUAAAAGGGAACUUUGAUUCUUCUCCAGUUCAUGAUAUUUUCCCAUGGAAGGAUGACCCCUUAUGAUUGUAUCUUAUGCACUAAUUAAAGAAAAUGAUUUUUCUUCAUUGCUGAUUUCUCCUUGUAUUAUUGCAAAAGUAAAUUGAUAAAGUUGUGUACAUUAUCUUUUAU